AUGACAUGGUUGGGAUUGAGUUCAAAUGGGACCAGAGCUUCCUUGGUCAUCUCUGUCAUAGCUUUCUCUUUGCUCGUAUUAACACUUAGCUUAAACUCUGGUCAUUUUGAUUGGUUAUCAAAAGGGAAUAUUGUAGAUUGGUUUUCAAAAGGGAAUAUUGUACUAAGUCAAAGAAAUCAAAGCACCAUGUGUAAUGUGACAAAUCUUGGUUCAAAAAAUAGUUCAUCUCCAUCAACUAAAAGUCAUGCUGACAAUGACAUACUCCUUGAUGGACUUCUCUCUUCUGGAUUUGAUAAAGGAUCAUGCUUAAGCAGAUACCAAUCUUACUUAUACCGCAAGGUAUCGCCUCAUAAACCUUCUCCGUAUCUCAUAUCCAAACUUCGUAGCUAUGAAGAUCUUCACACAGGAUGUGGACCUCAUACUAGAGCUUACAAGAGAACCAUGGUAAAGCUCAGUAGGUUCAAAUCCAAUGUUACUACUGGAUGUCAGUACAUAAUAUGGACAUAUGCCAAUGGCUUAGGAAACAGAAUGGUGAGCAUGAUUUCAGCAUUCCUUUAUGCAAUCCUCACCGAUCGAGUCCUAUUGGUGGAGUUUAAUGAUGACAUGGUUGACCUAUUUUGUGAACCAUUCCCCAAUUCAACAUGGAUAUUGCCUAAAGAUUUCCCUUUUAGUGAACACAAAGGACAUCAUUUUGAAACUUAUCAAAACAUUUUGAAAAAGGAUAGGGAAAACAAUUCAACUGAGUUCUUAUUACCAUCAGUUAUGCAUCUCAAUUUACAACACACAAGUCAUGAUCAUGAAAAGUUUUUCUCUUGUGAUCAUAGUCAAUAUCUUCUACAUAAGGUACCCCUCUUGAUUUUAAGAUCAGAUCAAUAUUUUGUACCUUCUCUUUUUAUGGCUCCAUCCUUCAACCAAGAGCUUAACAAAAUGUUCCCAAACAAAGACACGGUUUUUCAUCAUUUGGGACGCUACCUAUUUCAACCUUCAAAUGAUGUAUGGGGACCAAUCAAAAGGUUCUAUAAAGCAUAUAUGGACAAGGCAGAUGAGAAGAUUGGGAUCCAAAUAAGAGUAUUUAAUCCUAAUCUCACUCCAUAUCAAACAAUCAUGAAUCAAGUUUUGAGUUGCAGCCAAAAGCAUAAGAUACUACCUGAUUUCGCCACAAAUAUUUCAGAAGUGUCUCCAUCGAAUAAUCAGAUUUUGAAGUCUGUUUUGGUAACAUCUUUAUAUCCAGAGUAUGGUGAGAAUCUUAGGACUAUGUAUUUGAACAAACCAACUGUUACAGGAGAAAGCAUAGGGGUUUAUCAGCCAAGUCAUGAAGAGAAUCAAAAGUUUGGUGAUAACUUGCACAACAAGAAAGCAUGGACAGAUAUAUACCUAUUGAGUUUAUGUGAUGUUUUGGUUACUAGCGCUUUAUCAACUUUUGGGUAUGUGGCUCAGAGUUUGGGAGGCAUAAAGCCGUGGGUUCUUUACAAAUUAAUAGACGCCAAAGUCCCGGAUUCGCCUUGCGUUCAAGAUGUCUCUAUGGAGCCUUGUUUUCAUAUACCUCCUAAACAUGAUUGCAAGGAAAAACCCUUGGAUGAUAUUGGCACAACUUUUCCAUACAUGAGGAGAUGUGUGGAUUUUGGAUCGGGUAUAAAGUUGAUCAAUGAUCUUCAGUAGCUAUUAACAACUUUUUCUUUGAAAGAUUUUAAUUGUAGUUUAUGGUGACCGCACAACUAUUUUCGACUAUCAUUUAGUUUUUU